AGGGGCAGAGAGAGAGAGAGAGAGAAAGACACAGAAUCUGAAGAGGCUCCAGGCUCUGAGCUGUCAGCACAGAGCCCGACGCGGGACUCGAACGCACAAACCAUGAGAUCAUGACCUGAGCCGAAGUCAGAUGCCUGACCGACGGAGCCACCCAGGUGCCCCUCAUCAACUGUAGUUCUAACAGGUUGGGGGGUCACCCUUAGGAAUCAGCAGCAUUGGUAGAGCAUGUGCGCAUGUGACCUUUUAUCACAGAUGACACUCUGCUCAGCUCACAAUAACUCCAAGGUGACAGCUCAGACUAGACUCUCUUGCUACUUUCCUUCAUUAUGAGCAGGGUGUCAGUUGUAGCUUAAAGCUGCAGGAUUGUUUCCGCACGAGAGCAUCGGCCUGUUAACAUCUGCAACCAGGAUGCCUUCUUUCUACCUGAGAACCCUGGCUUCUAAUGAGAAAGGAAGUUGGAUGGAGCUCAUCUGGUAACAUGCCUUUGGAAAGAAUUGUUUGAAGGAGGCCGAAAAAACAAGAAAACCUAGUGAAUCCCAAUUUCUUGAAGGUGUCUGAUGUUCUGAUGCAGUGGUGCUCAGAAAAAGAUGCUGUAAUUCUUGUAGAGAUACACAGGUUUUUCAAAGUAAUAAAAUUCUGGGAAGGCAUCAACACAUCGACGAUGUGCUCCAGAUGCUCCAGCCUACCCCGGAUACUAACACUUCACAUGCCUGCCAAGGCCUCGAAAGCCACAGGCAGUGACAGCAGAUGGAAGAUUCUCACCAGAGAGGACUGUACUCAUCUUCAGGACAAUUACUGGCAAUAAGAGAUGUCUUAUUAGGAGGAAUAAAAGAAAAUUGUCGAACAGAAAAAGAAAAAAAAAUUGGAAGUGAUUCAGCCUUUCCAGAAAAAUCAAGAUCUUGUCUGACAGCGAUCUCUACUAUCAUAACCUGAAAGUGCUUAAGACCCUUACGGUAGAAGAAUAUUGCAAUGACUACACAGCAUAAAGCCUAUGUUUAGUGUCAAUUACGUCCAACUACUGUUGGUCUUAAAUUUUUCGUUUCUUAAUGAAUCCUUUCUCUAUUCUGAUUCAUCCACCAUUAACAACCUGGUACUUCGAUAUAUCGCAGGACCAGCCACCAUAUCCUAGCUACAAUUCUAACUAUUGGAAUUCUGCACGACCUAGGGCUCCGUACCCAAGUACAUAUCCUGUAAGACCGGAAAUGCAAGGCCAGAGUUUGAAUUCUUAUACAAAUGGAGCAUAUGGUCCACCAUACCCUCCUGGCCCUGGGGCGAAUACUGCAUCCUACUCUGGGGCUUAUUACACACCUGGAUAUACUCAGACCAGUUACUCUCCAGAGGUUCCAAGCACUUACCGUUCACCUGGCAACAGCCCAGCCCCAGUCUCUCGUUGGCUGUAUCCUCAGCAGGACUGCCAGACCGAAGCACCCUCUCUUCGGGGGCACGUUCCAGGAUAUCCUGCUUCACAGAACCCUGGAAUGACCCUGCCCCAUUAUCCUUAUGGGGAUGGUAAUCGUAGUGUUCCACAACCAGGACCAAAUGUACGACAACAGGAGGACUCAUGGGCUUCUCCUGGUGCUUAUGGAAUGGGAACCCGUUACCCCUGGCCUUCAGCUGCGCCCUCAGCACCACCUGGGAAUCUCUACAUGAGUGAGAGUACUUCAUCAUGGCCCAGCAGCAGCUCUCCUCAGUCCCCUCACUCACCACCACCCCAGCAGCCCAAGGACUCCUCCUACACCUAUAGCCAAUCAGAUCAAGGCAUGAACCGGCACAACUUUCCUUGCAAUGUCCAUCAGUACGAGUCCUCGGGAACAAUGAACAAUGAUAAUUCAGAUCUUUUGGAUUCCCAAGUCCAGUACAGUGCUGAGCCUCAGCUGUAUGGUAAUGCCACCAAUGAACACCCCAGCAAUCAAGAUCAAAGUGAUAAUCUUCCUGAAGAGUGUCUAUCUUCAGAUGAAGGUACUCCUCCAAGUAUUAAAAAAAUCAUACAUGUGCUGGAGAAGGUCCAAUAUCUUGAGCAAGAAGUAGAAGAAUUCGUAGGAAAAAAGACAGACAAAGCAUACUGGCUUCUGGAAGAAAUGCUAACUAAGGAACUUUUGGAACUGGAUUCAGUUGAGACUGGGGGCCAGGACUCUGUCCGGCAGGCCAGGAAAGAGGCUGUUUGUAAAAUCCAGGCCAUACUGGAAAAAUUGGAAAAAAAAGGAUUAUGAAGGACUUAGAACAAAGGGGAAGCCUGUUACUAACUUGACCAAAGAACUCUUGAUUUUGGUUAAUUAACCCUCUUUUUGAAAUGCUUGUUGGUGACAAGAAGCAAUACAUUCCAACUUUCCUUUGAUUAAAACUUGAAAAACUGGUAAAGGACUUGAAAGAACAUUUUAGUUAUGAGUUGUUUUCAGUUUUCAGACCAAUGAAUGUAAUAGGAAACUGUGGAGUUACCAUUAUUGCCAAGUAGACUCACUCCUUAAGAAAUUUGUGGAUAUCUACAAGCUGCUUCUUAUCAGCAGGAGGGAAACAUGCUUUAUGUAACAGGCUUAUCAAAAACCUACCAGAUGAGACUGGAUAUAAUCUGAGGCAAACAGGCUCUGUUUUUUUAAACAUCUGGAUUACUUGUCACAUUUUUGUACAUUGUGACUGCUUUCAACAUACACUUCAUGUGUAAAUUACAGCUUGGACUUUAGCCUUCUUGGACCUCUGUUUUGUUUUGUUAUUUGCAGUUCAUAAAUAUAGUAUUCUCUACUACUUGGUACGUUUUGUAGUAAUAUGUUUAAUAUAAUUAUUCAAGAGACUAUAUUGGUAGCCCGAUAGUAUGGCAAUUCUGAAUGAAUUUCUAUCUUUGCACCACUUGAACAUAUUGCAAUGUGUAUUGAGUUCCUGAGGUAUCUUGUCUCCUUUUUUGUAUAGAUCUUUAGGGUAGAGUUUUACCACUCCUACUUUUCAUGUUAAUAGUGGAAGGCGAAUUGGGAGAUGGCAGGGGCAUAGGAAUGAGAUGUUUGUGGCCAUUUUCUUUUUUGCUUUUUUAUUAUAUUUGGAUAAAGAUCCACCUUAAAAUUUCCUUAAUCCCCUCCUGCCCCCCCCCCCCCAUCGUCUUUUCACUACUGCUGCUUCCAUGUAGAGCAUUUUGAUAGGUAGGGAUGAAAAAUUAAAUGCCACAGUGAGUAGAAAUAACUGCAAAAGUAAUAAAUGUGACCAUCUGGAAAUGUGCUUCUCCAUCUAAAAUACUAGGUUCACCAUCAAGAUCCCUAUGGGCAGAUUUCACCUCAGUUGAUAGUCAAAAACAGUAAGGAUAAAAGGAUUCAUGCUCAGGGAAUGAAUCAGCCAUAGCUAGAGUGGGAAAUUUUCUUUUAAAGGCAUAUUUGAUGUUUACCUUUAUUUCCUUAAAUUGUUUUAUAAAAAAGAUGUUUAUUACCAUUAAUAACAGUCAUUUCAGAGACAGAGUUAAGAAAGUGAUAUUGAAAGGGUCUUAGCUGGGCUUGCUUGGGUAGCUUCAUGCUAUGGUAUGGAAGAGACUUAGGUAAAUGACUUACUUUUUCUAUCAGAAGUGAGUUCUAGUAUACAGUAUCUGUUAUUGGAAAAACAGCUGUUUCUUAAUAAGAUAUCCAAGUGAUAACUUUUUUCUAGACUAUCAGGCCUAUUAGUGCUAAUCUAUCCGCCAUCUCCUCUCCUUUUAAACAAAGCUAAACAAACGUAUGAUGAGAAGAAAUGGAGUAAAGAUAUUGGCUGGGUCUGAUGGAUGGGAUGAAUGAUUUUAUGAGAUAAUAUGGUGAUAGUUUUAUUCUAGGAUUUUUAUUUUUGGCCUAAGGUAAGAAUGUUAAAAAAGGCUUUCUAUGAAAAUUAGAAAAUUGUACUUGAUACUAAAAAUUUAGAAGGGGGAGAACCUUAAAGCCAAUUUAAAGGAAACCAGUGAGACAGUGACAUUCAGGAGAGAAUACUAUUAACUAUUUAAGUGAGGGCCCAAGAUACCAAUUUCCACAAAGUUUUGAUUUUUAUACACACACAUACACACAUUAUGCACAUACGUAUGUGUGUAUGUUUUUUAACAGAUUUUUUUUUAAUUUUGAGAUAAUUUUAGACCUCCUGAAGAGUUGUAAAAUGAGUAGUUUAUGUGCAUCUUCAUUGAACUUUCCCUUAUGUUAACAUCUUAUACAACUAUGGAACAUUUGUCAAAUUAAGAAAUUAGCCUUGAUACAAUACUGUUAACAAAAGUAGAGAGUUUAAAAAGUAGAGAUUUUCUUGGUCUUUUCAGUGAUGUCCUUUUACUGUUCCAAGAUCCGGUGCAGGAUCCCACCUUGCACUUAGUUGUCAUGUCUACAUAGUGUCUUCCAAUCUGUGACAGUGUAUCAUGACAUCUGAUGUCAUAAUGUAUUUCUGGUGUUGUUAACCUUAAUCACUGAGGUGGUGUCUGCUAGGAUUCUCUACUGUAAAAUUACUAUGUUUUUCUUUGUAAUGACUAUUUGCUGGAGCUACUUUGAGACUAUGCAAAUGUCCUGUUUCUGCUUAAACUAUUGCCCACUCAUUUUCGCAUCCAUUGCCAGAUCUUGCUUGUGUAAGUUACUACUGUGGUGUUCUAAUGGUGACUUUCUAUUUCUCUCAUUUCUUCUACAUUUAUUAAUUGGCAUUCUUAUGUAAGGAAGGGUUAUCACAUUCGGAUUUAUAUUUUUAAUUAUAGUAAGAUAUUCAAGAUAAGUACAAAUUAAGAACUUGAAGAUGUAAACCGUGUUAAAAUGAUUCCAAAUACCAAUAUCAAAGAAAGGAAAGCUAAAUUGGUAACCUGUUUGAGAAAAUAUAAUGAACUUAAGAAGGAAAAUAGUAUUUAUGAUUUGUGGGUUUGGUUCAGUAUUUGACUCAGUAUCAACUCCAGACUAAAUUCAAAAUUGUCUUGGAAUUUCACAUCUGGACUUUCUAGAAGUCUCUAAAUUUAUAUUACUUUGGGGGUAGUUUUUGUCAAAAGCUUGAAUAAAGUUACCAAGACCUGGCAUGUUAAA